GGGAUUUUACUUUAAAUGUUGGACAAACUUCCUGGAAACAUCUUUUUGAAACUCUCAGCCAUUUUUUUCGUUAAACACAAAACAAGAGUAACCAAAGGUAAACCUCAGCAAACUAUGGUUACAGUAUUUACUUGGAAGUACGAGAAAUAAGCUGAAAUGUAUCGUGUUAACUAAAUAUUGCCAGUUUUGUGUCAAAUAAGUUCUUUGAUACAGAUAACUUCAGAAAGGAUAAUCCUGUUUAUUGAUGCUAUCUUUGACAGUUUAAAUUUGUAAUGUCAAAGUGUUGACCGUGUUGACGAUGGAGUUUGAUUACAGCAAAGAAAAUAUUCAACCUCUUAGGAGAGGUAGAAAUGCACAGCAAUUAGAAAUGGCCCUACAGGCCCAAACAAAUCAGGAAUAUCAAAUGCAACUGUUACAACAAAAAGAAGAAUAUGAACAAUUAAUAAGUAACUACGAGGGAAAUGAUCCCUUAGAAAAUUACUACAACUAUAUUAUAUGGAUUGAGGAGAGUUAUCCUAAAAGUGGCCAUGAAGGAAAUUGUAUAGCAUUACUAGAACAUUGUCUUGGAAUAUUUGAAAAUGAUACUAGAUAUACAAAUGAUAGAAGGUUUUGCAAACUGUGGAUCAAAUAUAUUGAUAUGUUCCCAAAUCCUUUAGAGUUAUACUUAAUGAUGAAAUCAAAAAACCUUUGUACUGGCUGCGCUGAUUUUUAUAAAGCUUGGGCGUAUUAUUAUGAAGCUGUUGGAGAUUUUCAAAAAGCAAACAAUGUUUUUGAGGAAGGAAAGAAAAAUUUGGCACAACCUUAUGAAGAUUUAGAAAUUGCCCAUAAAAAUUUAAUAACAGCAGCUGGAGAACAUGUGCUGUUUGGCAGAAACGAAAAUCGACUUCAAGAAAAACGUCAAGCGCUUAUUUCUCUCCAUUCUCAUCCUUCCGGCCGAGUAAAUAAUGUCCGUGUUCCAUCGGGAACAAAUAACGGAAUAUCUAUUUUACCAAAUACUCAUUGUGUUAGCUCUAAUGUACAACCCCAUGUAUUUGAAGAGCAGUGUCUCUCAGGAUCUUUAGCUGCUAGUGCUCCUCCUAAAAGUAUUAUAAGCGUAGCUAAAAGACAAGAAGCCCCAAAAGAAAAUACUCUUAAAGCUGGACCUUGGACAACAGUAUCGCAUAAAAAGAGGUUACUUUCUAGUCAUAGUUCAGCUGGUCCUGGAUUUUUAGUCCACGAGGAUAAUUUCGAUGAAAGUUUAGUAGGACUGCCGGCUAAUUUGCCUUUGGAAUGCCUAGAAGAUUAUUCAAAUUGGCAUGUGGCAAUUGUAAAUUAUCCUGACGAAGCCAGUCCAUCUGUAACGCAUGGUUAUCCUAAGCAUAGAGUGUAUAUUGAUCCUCAAACUGAAUUUUCAAUUGAAGAGUUAAGAGCGACUAGAUAUAGAAAAUCUAUUGGCGCAGUGCAACAUGUUGAAACAUGCCAAGCUGUGCAGUCUAUACUUAUAGACGACGACGAAGACGAUGAUUUGAUUGUGUUGGACCUACCACAUUUAGAAUCUGAAGAAGUGAAGCCUAACUUUGAUAUACAGCCUUCAUCUCCUGUAAAUGACCCGUCCCAUUCAUUUAAUAAUGAAGUAACUUCAACUGUGCGGCAUAGUCCAUGGAAAUCGCAAGCUGAACAUCAAAAUUUCCUGAAAGAUGUUUUUAGUAAAAGUAAUGAAUUUAGAAUUAGUGGUGCAGUACCACCUACUAAAUGUAUGGAGUUUGAAGAUCCACAACCCCAAGCACCAAAAAAUUGUUUUCGUCUUUCUUUUUCACCUGAGGAGAGAUCUGGUCGUGGCAUAUUUGUUAAUUAUGAAGGUUCGCCUGAAAUUCCACCUCAAGCACCACCAAAAGGAAAUGCCAUGAGGACUGCUUUUCGAGUUUUAAAUGCCGACGAAGUGGAAACGGGGUCUCGGGGCGGCAUGGACGGAGCUAUGGCUGCUCAACCAGCUGAUGGAGCAAGGCCAAUGGUACAUCUACCAUUUUCAGACAGCAGCUCUUCUUCCUGUGACGAUAAUGACGUGCCUGGUUUUAAUCCAUUGGAAUUGUCUUGUACCACGCAACAAUUUAACUUUAAUUUAAAUGCCAUGCAGGUAAGCACGCCACAAAAUAAGAUUCAUAUAAGUGAAGUAAGCAAUGAGCAAGAUCUACAUAGCACUAAGAAAAGACUAUUUAGUGACAAUAAAUUACAUGAGGACAAAGCGCUAAGUACUAUAUUAGAAGAAAAAAGUGGAUGUAUAUCAAGUUCUAGUUCAAGCGGGGCAGCUACCAAAUCAUCAAUUUAUAGCCAGCAAAUUAAAAUGAGUACAAUAUCGGAAGAACAUAAUAGUUAUUUAGAACAAAAUUUAAAGGCCAACGCAGCAUUGCGACGAAGUCUCUUAGGUAAUCUAAUGGAUGAUUUAGAGGACGUAUUACCAACACAAGUUAUAUGUACACCCCAUUCUCCAAUGCAGUCGACACCAAUAGAAAGUCCUGUGCGAAAAAUUCCACCUCCUAAUUUGACUCGUCCAUUAGAAUAUAUACCAUCAGAUCCUUUUAAUCCAAAUUUAAUAUCACGCUUAUUAGAGAGAGUAUCUUUUCCAGGAAUCCAUCAUCAGGGACUUUUACAAAUUGACGGAAAUCCUAAAUUAUCAAUUAGAAAAGAUCCAAUAUACAUAGGUAGUGAUAGCUACAUUAUAGAAAAACUACUUGGUAAGGGGCAAUUUGGAACAGUAUUCAAAGCGCAGAAUUUACAUAUGCGCACCACAGUAGCGUUGAAACAUCAGAAACCUCCAAAUAAAUGGGAAUAUUACAUAUGUCGAGAACUACAAGCUAGACUUGCCAGUCAUUCCUUAAGAGAUAGAUUUAUGGAUAUCUCUAUAGGAUAUUUCAGUGACCAGGCAUCAAUACUAGUGUCACAGUAUCAACCAUUUGGAUCUUUAUUAGAUACAGCUAAUCUGUUAAAAACGCUGGAUAGACAAACCACUGGAAAAGAAUCUAUUUGUAUAUAUUUUACAUUAGAAAUGUUAAAAAUAGUAAAAGCUAUGCAUGAAGUGAAAAUCAUUCAUGCUGAUAUAAAGCCAGAUAACUUUUUAGUUAUAAUGACUGCCGACAACUCUCUUAGCUUACAAUUAAUAGACUUUGGCUGUAGUAUAGAUAUGACAUUAUUUCCCGAAAAUGCUACAUUUACUAGACCAAUAACAACAGACAAUUUUGUCUGCUGUGAGGUACAAGAAAGGAGACCAUGGAGUUAUCAUACGGAUCUAUUCUGUGUUGCGGCGUCUGCACAUGUUCUUUUAUUUCAAGAAUACAUUGAAUUAAAAAAGACUGGAGACGUUUGGAGCAUCUUAAAACAUUUCCCUAGAUAUAUAAAAAUCGAUUUAUGGAAUAUGUUCUUUAGUACUUUACUUAAUCAACAAGCAGGUCCAGCCAAUACCGAUUCACUGGAAUUAUUAUUUCAAGAGGAAUUAGAACUUAAUCCUAGACGAGACGUAAAUAUUCAUCUUCGUAAGCUUAUAAAUAUGUUGAAAAAUCGAUAGCUUAUAAUUUUAUAAAUUAAUUUAAGUGUAUUUAUUUAUUAUUUACUAUCAUGUAGUUUAAUUUCACUGAGUCAUCAGGCUGUUUUAUAGUUGUUGGUUAUUUUAAACUAUACAAGAGUAAACGAGUAAAUAUAUUGGUUUUGAUC